AUGGGGUCGAUUGGUACUGGGGCUCUUGUGCCUCCAACAACUCAGCGUGCGGUGAUCGUGGAGGCUGGAGAUCGGGUGCGUGUACGAGACGAUGUGCCCCCGCCCACGCUUGAAAAAGACCAGUUCUUGAUCCGAACGGAAGCCGUGGCUGUCAAUCCCAGCGACACCAAAAUGCGCGGCGCCUUCGUGACCCCUGGUGGUGUUCUAGGCACUGAUUAUGCGGGAACCGUCGUCGCUUGUGGGCCUGAGGUCACAGACGUAGAGGUGGGCGACAGAGUGUGCGGAGCUCAGCAUGCCAUGAACGCUAACACACCUCAUCGUGGAUCAUUCGGAGAAUACAACAUUUCCGCUGGCAAGAUCUGGUUGAAGCUACCUGCCUCCGUCAGCACUGAAGGCGCCGCCACGUUUGGUGCCGGUAUCAGCACUGCAGGGCUGGCUUUGAAGCUUCUAGGGCUGCCUCUGCCUGAUGCUGCCGUUCAGAAGCCUGCAUACAUUCUUGUGAACGGCGGCAGUACAGCGAACGCAACCAUUGCUAUACAGCUGCUGAGACUUGUGAAUAUGAUCCCAUUAGCUACCUGCUCUCCAAAGAAUUCAGACCAAGUCAAAGCAUACGGUGCCCAAGCGACCUUUGACUAUCGCGACCCGGACUGCGCCACUAAGAUUAAAGCUUACACGGGAAACAACCUGCGCUACGCUCUCGACUGCAUCACGACAGCGGAAUCCACCAGCCUCUGCUUCGCCGCCCUUGGUCGCGCCGGCGGCAAGUACGUUUCCCUGGACCCGUUUCCGCAGCACGCCGCCACGCGCGCCACUGUGAAGACCGACUGGGUCCUUGGACCAUCCAUCUUCGGUGAUGGGUCCACCUGGCCUACUCCAUAUGGCCGACCCCCGAGUGAGGAGAUUCGUGCUUAUGGCAAGAAGCUGUGGGCCGUGGCUCAGAAGCUGGUCGAUGAUGGCAAACUGCGACACCAUCCCGUGCGGAUCCUUGAAGGUGGGCUCGACCAGGUGUUGGUGGGUAUGGAGUUAGUGAGGAGUGGCAAGCUUUCAGGGGAAAAAUGUGUGGUUCGUCUAGUCAGGUAG